UAUGGUAUUUCUGUUUGACAGAUGCAGUGGUGUGGAACACUUUAUUUUGGAAGUUAUCGGGCACCUUCCUGACAUGGAGAUGGUGAUCAAUGUACGAGAUUAUCCUCAGGUUCCUAAAUGGAUGGAGCCUGCCAUUCCAGUCUUCUCCUUCAGCAAGACAUCAGAGUACCAUGAUAUCAUGUAUCCUGCUUGGACCUUUUGGGAAGGGGGACCCGCUGUUUGGCCAAUUUAUCCUACGGGUCUUGGACGGUGGGACCUCUUCAGAGAAGAUCUGGUAAGGUCAGCAGCACAGUGGCCAUGGAAAAAGAAAAACUCCACAGCAUAUUUCCGAGGAUCGAGGACAAGUCCAGAACGAGAUCCUCUCAUUCUUCUAUCUCGGAAAAAUCCAAAACUUGUUGAUGCAGAGUACACCAAAAACCAGGCCUGGAAGUCUAUGAAAGAUACCCUGGGAAAGCCAGCUGCUAAAGAUGUCCAUCUUGUGGAUCACUGCAAAUACAAGUAUCUGUUUAAUUUUCGAGGUGUAGCUGCAAGUUUCCGGUUCAAGCACCUCUUUCUGUGUGGUUCACUGGUUUUCCACGUUGGUGACGAGUGGCUGGAAUUCUUCUAUCCACAGCUGAAGCCGUGGGUUCACUAUAUCCCAGUCAAAACAGAUCUCUCCAAUGUCCAGGAACUAUUGCAUUUUGUAAAAGCAAAUGAUGACAUAGCUCAAGAAAUCGCUGAAAGAGGAAGCCAUUUUAUUAUGAACCACUUGAGGAUGGAUGACAUCACCUGUUACUGGGAGAACCUGUUGACUGAAUACUCUAAAUUCCUGUCCUAUAAUGUAACAAGAAGAAAAGGCUAUGAUCAGAUUAUUCCCAAAAUUUUGAAAACUGAACUCUAAUAGCCAUCAUCGGAUCAAGUCCUCUCUAGGGCAGCAGAUCUGAGAUAUCCUGUGGUGGGAAGCUUACCAUGAAUGUAGUACCUAUACCUUGAAUACUGUUACCAAGACAAAUAUCUUGUUUUCCUUGUCAUGCUGCACCCAGAGCAAGUCUCGAGAAAGAUCCAAAAUGUGUAUAACACAGAUAUGAAGCAGUUCAACGCUUUGGCUGAACAAGGACCAGAAAUCAUGAUAUUGGGUUUUGUACCCGAUUCUACCUUUCAUUUUCUUAGGACCAAUCACAGCUUGUGCCUCAGGUCAUCCACAUCUCUAUGUACAUCACUGUGAACCUGACUGUGUCCAUGGGAUGAUGUUCUUUGUGCCACAGUUUGGAGCAGAAACUCAAUCAUUUGGAACUAGUACAACUCAUCGCCGCAAUUCUGCAGUUACUCUAGGCUUGAACUUUGAUGCUAUAUUUUAAUGUAGGAAGCUCAGUCUUUAGGGUUUGUGAAAAGCACUUGGGGAUUAUUUUUUGAAAGGUCUAAGGAAGCAGUAGUUGUGCCAUGCACUGACACAGGAGUCCCCUUCUGUAAAAGCAUUAAUUCUUUGGUACUCAGGAGGUUUCUAUAAUGCCAUAUAGAAAGGGACCAGUUGCAUGAGUAAUUGCAAUUGGAUCUCAAGUUCCUUUUGUGCCUUCAUACCCUUCUUUUUAUGGUCUCUAAAAAAAAAAAUACAUAAACCUCUUAAUCAAGUUAGGAAGGAGUCCUCACUCUUUGAAGGAACUGUGCAUAGGACAGCAACUCUUCACUCUUUGCCCAUCCCUAAUAUUUUUCCUCCUUCAAUUGGCAGCAGUCCACAUUCUCACUGUCUUGCAGGAUCUGCUUUUCCCCUUUUUUACUAUUAAAUACUAGUUUAAUCUCUCAGGAUGUUCUUGCUAACAGUCAAAAAUGAAGAAAAAUUGUUAGCUUGAAACUCAUAUAGUCUGAUGACUUAGAACCAUCCUUGUCCCUUAAGCCCAACCUUUCUGCAGAGGAAUCAGUUCUUUCCCUCUGACUCCUAAGAACAGAUUGGUAUAAAUUGGUUUCAAAAUUAGUAAAUGUGAGAUUCAGUCAUAUAAAAUCAGGAUUUUAUUCUCUUUGUGAGAAAUGGCCUUUUAAACUUCCUUCCACAAAAAUUUAAGCAUAAAGACCUUCUUAGAGGAGUUAAAUAUCACUGGUAAGACCAUUGUGUGGAAUAAGCCAGACAUUUAAAGUUGAACUUUUUUAGCAUGAAAAAUUAAUGGGGAUUGUGUCCUUAGGUGCUAUUAGUGUAGUGAUAAGAGCUCCAGAUUUAUGAGUUAUAUAUAUUAUGGUUUUGCCUUGUCCGUAUGAGGUCCUAAUAGAUGUCAUUAUUUCGUAUUUUACUUUUUCUCUCACUAAACUAGGAACAAAAUUUUCUGUCCUUUGGAUUAGGAGCUGAAAGUACAUUUUUCUGGGAGUGUUUCCCUUUUGCUUCAAGUUCUAGCUCAAGCAUCACCUUUUCUCUGAAGCCUUUCUUUCAUUCCUCUAGGCAGUUAGAGGCAAUAUUUUGCUCAUGCCUGUAUUAUGACAUCACAUUGUACUGUAGUUAUUUGACUGCUGUUCUGCGAGCUUCCUGAUGGGUGGGAAUCAUGUUUUACUCAUCUUGAUGUCUCCAUUAUCCAGUACAGUGAGUGCCUCACACAGAGUAGACCCUGAAGUAUUUUUGGAACGGUGACUCAGUGAAUGGGUGUAUGGAUGGAGACAGUUGGCUUAACUAGAUCCUAUCUACAGAUUGCCUGGCCAUUGGCUCCAAAGGGGGACUGUGUGAGACUAACAGUUGGAACAAUGCAAAUUGCCAUCUGCCCUUUGCAAAGUCAAUCAGGGCAUCUUUGUAUUUAAAUACAGCAAAUGUUACUCGGUUUUUAUACUUACCUGUUUACCUCAGUGUAGAUGGUAUGAGGAUGGUGUGUAACAAUAUGUAAAAUGUAUGUUUUUGAAAAUAAUUUUUAUCCCUA